AUCGAUCAUUGAAGGAGGAAAGAAAACAACCGUCAUUGACUCAUUGGUACUAUGGUGACAUACUACGUGUACACACAGGGACUGCAAACAAGAGACAAGGUCAAAACAGUCAUUUAAAAACUUCUAGAAUCCAUAUAAAUUUCCCGAAUACUGCGAACAGAAGCAAACAGAGUACAACAAGAACGGUUAACAACAGCAACAGAAAAAAACACUAACACGCACACGAAAAUUCGAAAUUACGCUUUUCGAAUUAAUGGUAUCAGUGAACCCUAAUCCAGCACAAGGUUUCCAUUUCUUCGAUCCUUCAAACAUGGGUCUUCCUGGCGUCAACAAUCUUCCGCCGCCACCGCCGUCACAUACUAGCGCCGCUGCUACUGAGGAUCCGAGUAAGAAGAUCCGAAAACCAUACACGAUUACUAAAUCUAGAGAGAGUUGGACUGAUCAGGAGCAUGAGAAGUUUCUAGAAGCUCUCCAAUUAUUCGAUCGUGACUGGAAGAAGAUUGAAGCCUUUGUUGGUUCGAAAACAGUUAUCCAGAUACGAAGUCAUGCACAGAAGUAUUUUCUCAAAGUUCAGAAGAGUGGAACAAGUGAACAUGUACCUCCUCCUCGGCCAAAGAGAAAAGCUGCUCACCCAUACCCUCAAAAAGCUCCCAAAAACGCUCCUACUGCAUCCCAAGUCAUGGGUCCAUUGCAAUCUUCAGCUGCUUUUGUUGACCCAGCAUACAUUUAUAGCACAGAUUCAUCAUCUGUGCUUGGAACACCAGUUACUAGUCUGCCUUUAUCAUCUUGGAAUCAUAAUGCUGCACCACCAGCCAGUGUGCCACAAGUGGCUACAGAUGACACGGGAUGGACUGGAUCUGGACAAGCUGUUCCUCUUAAUUGUUGCUAUAGCAGCAGUAAUGAGAGCGCUCGUGCAGCUGGGCCAAGUAGUAAAGGGAUCAAUCAAGGCAACGUGGGCAAGCCAGUUAAAGUCAUGCCAGAUUUUGCACAAGUAUACAACUUCAUUGGCAGUGUAUUUGAUCCAAAUUCAACUAAUCACCUACACAGACUAAAGCAGAUGGACCCCAUAAAUGUUGAAACGGCACUGUUGUUGAUGAGAAACCUCUCCAUUAAUUUAACUAGUCCUGAAUUUGAGGAUCAUAAGAGGCUACUGUCAUCAUAUGAUCCUGAUGGUGAGAAGGCAAAGUUUGCUAAUCCAAGCAGCAAAUCCGUGACUGUUAAAUCCGAAAAUGCUGUUCUGUCUGCUUAGGGUGUUACCAGUGGUUUGUCUUGAAGAUGGCUUUCAAAUUUAUUUUCUGAAUGCAUAUAGUGGGAGAAAGAGGAGCCGACGACAAAAGGUUUUGGUAAAAACAAUUGUAGAGUGUAGAUGGUUGCAUCAUGCUUGUACAACCUAUGUAUAUGCCUUUUGGAUAGAUUUCUUGUCUGUCUGUCCCAGGCAUUGGCUAGAUAGUUAAUAGUAUCCUAGUAUUUCGUGUGGACUAUUCGUAUAACUUACGAAGAUGGUUGUGCUUAGAAUGCGGGACAAUUAGUGUCCUGUUUAGGUUACCCGUGGAGGCUUUACUGUACAGUUUGUUGAGUGCUUUUAAGGGUGUCAUGCCUUGAAGCUUCUUUCUAAUAUUAGUACGGAAGAGUGGUGUUAGGAUUUUUUAUUUAUUUUUAAACAAGUGGUGUUAGGAUUUAGGAGGUGCUGUCUGUUAUGUAUAUAAACCAAUAAAACAGUACGGUGGAUAAGUUUUAGUUUUAUUUUCGUGCAUUGUGAAUACUUGAAUAAGGCUAAGGUCAUCUUAACUAGUUAUCAGAAAUUCCAUGCCGUGACAGGUUGGUUAUUCUGAUUCGAACAAAUCAGAGUCCUUUGAAAA